UUUUGAAAGGAAAUCACAUGCACAAUUCAAGCUUUUCUGUGACGUCAACUGACAUUCCGUCUGAUCUUAUCAGAUAACUGUGGUUUGCGUUACUAAACGUCUACUUGACGUUUAUAUUGUUGAAUGGAUGUAUAACCAAGAUGGGGGUAAUAUGGGGUCACAGGGAAUUUUCAUGUAAAUAAGAAUAGUGAUAUAUGUAUAAUUUCAAUACAGACAUUCUACCUUAUAAGAAAAAUGGGUUAUACCGAAAAAUGUAGAUUUGAGUACAAAAUUGAAAACGGAAUUUUAUGAACUAUUACAAAUUGAAAAUAAAUUUUAACCCCUUUGUGAGAAAAAAACAAAGAAGGAAUGGAAAAUUCCCCUACAGAAGUUCGUAGCAAAUCUAGCAAAGGUAGUAUAGAAUUUCAUAGUGGGUUAGCUUCUAGUAUCAAAGGUUUAGACAAGUGUGAAAGUAGUUCAAGUCUAAAAGUUGAGAGGAAUGUAAACCACUUGAAGGAAGAAAAUGAUCAUGACAAUCAAAGGGGCUCCAUAGAUAGUACUGCAAAAGUGCCUAAUAAAAUCAUAUCCAAUUGGAAACAUGCUUGUGAUAAGACCAAAGAUAAAACAAAAGAUCUCUUGAAACGAUGGAGAACAUUGCCAGAAAUAGAAACAGAACCUCUAAAAGCUUUAAAAAUUGAACCUGAAAAAGUUCACACUGACAGUGGCUGGAGUGUACAUGUUUGGACCACAUGGGUAGACCGGUAUAGCGUAGAAUCGUCAGAUGUAACUGAACAGGGUAGUAGCUAUCAGUUAACAUCAACACAGAACAAUAAAUUUUCGCAUUUUUUUUCUACACUAUUAGAUCGGGAUCAAGAUGACCUAAUUUGGAAGCAAGAUUUCGAGACUCUUAUAGAGAGAUUCAGACAUUUUGCUGACUGGUCAUUGAAUUCAGCUGAGUUCAAUACGCUUAGAGAAGUAGAACGUGGUUUCAUAGAAACAUUUUUAGUAGAUAUUUCUAAUGAAAGAUGGGGUUUUCAGUUGAAUAAUGAGACAUAUCUGACUAAAGAAGGAUGGCUACAGAAAUGGGGUGAACUUCUUUGUGGAUCUAAAAAUCUCAAUGAUUUUCCUGUUUGGUUGCAAGUAUUCUCUAAAGUUCUUUUUCAAGUUAUGAAUAAAAGUGGUAGCGGCAUUGUAACAAGAGAUGAGUUGGGAUCAUUUUAUUCUUCAGUAUUAUGUUUAAACACUCUUGAAGUUGGAAAGAUUUUGGAUGUCUCUUAUCAAGCAAUGACUUCGAAUGGAGAUCAUCCUCUUAUGUAUGAAGCAUAUCGCCUUUGUUUUGCUAACUACCUCUUGGGAAGGUAUCCCAAUGGACCUGGAGAGCAUAUACUCGGAACACCACCAAAUGAAUCGUCAUUGGCCAUGUUUCCUAUUGACUACUCUGCCUUAAACUCACCACCAGAAGACUUAGAACAAUACACUCUGGACCAGAAAACAAAUAGAUGGAGUGUUAUAGUUUAAGCUGUUCCUGAUAAAUAACGUACAGAGUGAUUCACUGGGAUGGCCUAUUAGACGUUUAUAGAACAUAAGACAUAUAGACAUAAUUUUGAGCUGAAAAUUUGCAUAUUUGGGUUUGAGACAAUGAUUUUUCCCCCUAAAAUAUUU